UAAAUAACUAUAUUAGGGGGUGUCAAAUGUAAUAAACCCCAAAUAAGUUUCCCACUACAAGCUGAUAAGCAAUUUAAAGUUUCCCAUUAUCAAAUUUCACUGAUCGCAAUGGGGAAGAGAAGAAACGCCAGGGGCAAAAAUUACAGCGGCGGUGAUGGUAAUACCACAAGCAGCAAUAGCUAUGGCGGAAGCAGUAGCAACAACGAUAAACUCUCGGCGUUCGAUUUCAACGACGAGGAUUUGCGCGUCGAGCAGGAAGCCAGCAAAACCCUCGUCAAAUACGGUAUUAAAAGCCCCGGCAAGAAACUCGCGCAGAAUCGUGAACCCGUUGAUAAAUACGUUUUUCUCGAGUUUUUUGCGCAAGGACCCACUCAACAAAAGGAUUCUGGGAAAGGCAAAUCAGAUGUUCAUGUUACUGAUUGUGACUUGCAAGAUAGAAUAUCUGGGACCGAUAUCAGCAUUUCAUCUGGUUCUUUGAACUGUGAAUCACGUCCCUUUUCCUUCUCAAAACGUCAGCCAUCUGGAGCAAAAACCUGCGCAGCAGGAAGAAGAAAACCAGGAGGCUACGCAGCUGGCAAGAAGCAUAACAAGGCAUUGUAUGUAGAUUCCGAUGAAGAUAGAAUAACAGAGUUGAGAUUAAGUUCUUCUUUCGAUCUAGCAGAUAAUGAUGGUCCAUUGGAGGAACAAUCAUCAGAGCAUGAUGCCAAUGAUAAUGACUGUGAAAAAGUGGUGGUUCUUGCUCCCUAUUAUGUUAAAUACGGGAACAUGCAUUAUAAAAGUUGUAUCCUGACUUUUUCUCAGAGGUGCAUCAGACUGGAGGGGUCACCCCUUCAUAAGAAAAAGAGGCCUUAUUGUCUUGAAUGGCCGACCUUUGAUAUUUUGAAAAUUGAGCAUCAACAAUGUGAAAGUGUUAAAGCCAAUAUUGUGAAUCUACAAUUUCAAUCGAAGGUCAUAAAUGUUGAUGAAACAGGGAAUGCGGAUUCAGGUAGUGUGGAACUGGAGUUUGUUGUUCUUGAUGAUCUACAUUGGUCCGAGAAACAAGAAAACAUUAAAUCAUUGGAUCUAAAAUACAACGCUGCUUGGAAGACCAUUAUAAGUGAGUGUUCUUUUAAAGAUUCCUUUGAAGACAUAAUAUAUCCAGAUGGCGAUCCUGAUGCUGUCUUCUUAAGUAAAAGAGAUAUUGAGCUAUUGCAGCCAAGGACUUUCAUAAACGAUACUAUAAUUGACUUCUAUAUCAAAUACCUUGUAACCAAAAUCAAACCAGGGGAGCAGCACAGGUUCCAUUUUUUCAACACAUUUUUCUUCCAGAAGCUUGUGAAUGUGAAUCGAGAUUUAUAUAGAGAUUGCGAAGGAAGAGAUGUUUUUGGAUGUGUUCGUAAAUGGACAAGGAAUGUCAACAUUUUUGAAAAGGAUUACAUAUUUAUACCUGUAAAUUUCAGCCUGCAUUGGAGUUUGAUUGUUAUAUGCCAUCCUGGGGAAGUUGCUAAUUUACGAGACAAAAGCGUGGAUGCCUCAUCUAAGGGGCCGUGUAUUUUACACAUGGAUUCUAUCAGAGGAAGCCAUAAAGGGUUUGAGGAUCUUAUUAGAAGUUAUUUAUCAGAAGAAUGGAAAGAGCGGGGGAAUAGGCAUGAAGAAGAUAUUGCCACAAAGUUCUUGAAUUUGGAUUUUAUCAUGCUUCAGUUGCCACAACAAGAAAACUGGUUCGACUGUGGCCUUUUUUUGCUUCAUUAUGCUGAACUUUUUCUGGAGCAGGCGUCAAACCUCAGUGCAACUAAAUAUCUUGACUUUCUUAAUGAGGAUUGGUUCUUUCCUGCCGAGGUUUCUCUCAAAAAACGCGACCAUAUCAGAAAACUGAUUCAUAGAAUAGUCGAAGACAAUGCUCUGAACGAUCCUCCGACCACUCGUGACAAAUGUUAUCAAAGUGGUACAGACGAGGACGACAGUGGUGUAAAGUUUGUUCAUCAAACUGUUGCAAAAGAUCAAUUAUGUCUUGGUAUCAAUUUAAACUCGUGUGAUGACCUCGAAAAUUUAAUUGAGAAGAGAAAUAUUGACGAGUCAGUCAUUAUCGAAAAUGUUCAGCCGUUGAUGCCAGAUAAUCAGUUCAACACCAUGAGUUUGCCGAUCAAGGAGAUACUCGACACAUCAAGCAAACACGAAACUGAGAAACUAAGGCCUUCACGGUAUUAUAGCCUUCGUAGUUCAAGGAGAGAAGAAAUAAAGAAGGUUGUUUCGGAGGAAGCUUCUAGAACUUGUUCUGGCGAGUCGAGUGUUGUAAUUGAUGUGCAGAAUGAGGAGAAUCGUGUUUGUGAUACUCAAGUAAAGUACGAGAAUUCUUCAAUGUCGAGUGAGGAUCUUUCGGCAUGUGUUGUUGAGGAUUCCGAAGAAGAAAGUGAGAUGGAAAUAGCCACCAUCAGAAAGACUAGUAGGAGGAGGAGAUCGAUUCGAUGACCAGUUCGUCUCAUUGUGUAAGGAGGAAAUUAUGCAAAUCUUGGGAGGGUAUAGUAGUCAUGAUAUGUGCAGGACCAUAUUUUGAGAGGGGUUUAGUCACUAUAUAUAAAAAAUCAUCCGUUCUUAUAUAUAUAUAUAUAUAUAUAUAUAUAUAUAUAUAUAUAUAUAUAUAUAUAUAUAUAUAUGUAUAUGUAAUAUAUUUUGUGUAUAGCUGUCAUUUUGGCGUGGUGUAAUAUAUAGCUUUAGCAACCGCCUAUCUGGCAUUUUGAUGUGGAUCUUUGUUCUAGUAAUGAAUUUGGUGACAUCCAAAAUCUAGGAGUUCAAUAUCAAAAUUGAUAACCUCUUUGCAACAUUCA